UGAAAAGAUCUUUGUUUAGGUUAUCGAAUGGUUGUUAGUCAACGUUUUUGAAUUUUCAUCGUUGAAGAAGUGUAUAGUUAUUGAAAAUUUCAUUUGAAACGUGAAUUUUAUAUUUCGCGUACAUUUUAAAGUUACUCAGUGAAAGUACAGAGUACUCAGUGUAGUGUAACAAUAAUUAGACUAGAAACGAAAUUACAAUUAUUCGUGUAACCGGUUAUUUGGAAGGGCCGGCGUGUAUACAUCCACCACUCUUUCGGUACAAACCUUCUUGAUGGUUCAGUCAUGAUUGCAUAGUGCGGACGAAUUUCAAUCGCUGCGUUUGUUGUCGUUGAACGUACGUAUUUUUGGUGGCGUCUUUUCAUUUUCAUGGUUUUGUGUAAUAUUUUCGCGCUAAGGGUGAGCAUCGAUUUUCUCCCUCUAACAUACACGCGCUGGUAUAACCUAGGCCAGGGUUGUAAACAAUGAAAACUUUCCGAAUCCUCGUAUAUGUGAUUUAAUUGAACCAUUUUGUGUUUUCGUGCACCUGUUUAAAUGUAAUCUUGACGAUGUCUUUGUGUAUAGUGUCGAUUUCGGUAGUGUUGAACGCCAGUGCCAGUGCCAGUUGGUUUUAAUGUAGUUCGCAAAACAUCAUAUCAUCUCAACAAUCAUGGCUGUUGCUGCUGCACGACAUAAUGGAAUUGUCACGCCGCUUAUGCCGGACACAUUGAUGAAAAAUUAUGGCUGCGGACAAUGCGCACCUACUGCUGGUGGUCCCGGUGGACCAGGUGGACAGUUAGCUCCAGGUGCUGUUGCAGUACCAGGACAAAUAGGAUUACUUCAACAACAACAGCCAUCCAUCGGUCAACAGCCAUUAGAUUUACCAAUUUUCACAUGUCCAAGACGACCAAAUUUGGGCCGCGAAGGGCGGCCCAUCGUGCUAAGAGCAAAUCAUUUCCAAAUAUCUAUGCCUCGUGGCUACGUUCACCACUACGAGGUAAACAUACAACCAGACAAAUGCCCGCGGAAAGUCAACCGAGAGAUUAUCGAAACGAUGGUACACGCUUACUCUAGAAUAUUUGGAAAUCUUAGACCGGUAUUCGAUGGUAGAAAUAAUCUCUAUACUAAAGAUCCAUUGCCAAUUGGAAACGAUAAAUUGGAAUUGGAAGUUACACUGCCUGGAGAAGGUAAAGAUCGUGUAUUUAGAGUGGCAAUCAAAUGGUUAGCUCAGGUAUCAUUAUUUGCAUUAGAAGAAGCAUUAGAAGGGCGCACUAGACAAAUACCUUUCGACGCGAUUAUAGCUUUGGACGUAGUUAUGAGGCAUCUGCCAUCAAUGACGUAUACUCCGGUUGGAAGAUCAUUCUUUUCGUCGCCAGAUGGUUAUUAUCAUCCGUUAGGAGGAGGACGCGAAGUAUGGUUCGGUUUUCAUCAAUCUGUACGCCCUUCUCAAUGGAAAAUGAUGCUGAAUAUCGAUGUAUCAGCGACGGCAUUCUACAAAGCGCAGCCGGUAAUUGAAUUCAUGUGCGAAGUACUCGAUAUCAGAGAUAUCAACGAGCAACGUAAACCGCUAACCGAUUCGCAAAGAGUCAAGUUCACUAAAGAAAUCAAAGGAUUGAAAAUCGAAAUCACGCAUUGCGGUACGAUGAGACGUAAAUACAGAGUUUGCAAUGUUACCCGUAGACCAGCGCAAAUGCAAUCAUUUCCGUUACAAUUAGAAAAUGGGCAAACGGUAGAAUGCACUGUAGCAAAGUAUUUCUUAGAUAAAUAUAAAAUGAAACUCAGAUAUCCGCAUUUACCCUGUUUGCAAGUCGGUCAAGAGCACAAACAUACGUAUUUGCCUUUGGAGGUAUGCAACAUCGUAGCCGGUCAAAGAUGUAUAAAAAAAUUAACCGAUAUGCAAACGUCGACUAUGAUAAAAGCAACCGCACGUUCGGCCCCAGAUCGUGAACGUGAAAUUAACAGCUUAAUCAGACGAGCAGAUUUCAAUAAUGAUUCUUACGUGCAAGAAUUCGGCCUAACAAUAUCGAAUAACAUGAUGGAAGUACGAGGACGCGUUUUACCGCCGCCCAAAUUACAAUACGGAGGCAGAGUCAGUUCGCUGGGAGGCCAGGCUACUUCGACCCUGAUGCAAACGAAACAACAGGCGAUGCCAAAUCAGGGCGUAUGGGAUAUGCGCGGUAAACAGUUCUUCACCGGAGUAGAAAUUCGAGUUUGGGCCAUAGCCUGUUUUGCUCCGCAGAGAACCGUUCGAGAAGACGCUUUAAGGAAUUUCACUCAACAGUUACAGAAAAUCAGUAACGAUGCGGGAAUGCCAAUCAUUGGACAACCGUGUUUUUGUAAAUAUGCUACAGGUCCGGAUCAAGUUGAGCCUAUGUUUCGUUAUUUAAAAUCAUCUUUCCAGUCGUUACAACUUGUUGUAGUCGUUUUGCCGGGUAAAACUCCAGUUUAUGCCGAGGUGAAACGGGUGGGAGAUACAGUCUUAGGUAUGGCAACGCAGUGUGUGCAAGCGAAAAAUGUUAAUAAAACUUCACCACAGACGCUGUCAAACCUAUGCCUGAAAAUAAAUGUGAAACUGGGCGGCAUCAAUAGCAUCCUCGUACCUAGUAUUAGACCGAAGGUAUUCAACGAACCUGUCAUUUUCUUGGGAGCCGAUGUUACUCAUCCGCCUGCGGGUGAUAACAAAAAACCGUCUAUCGCUGCCGUGGUAGGAUCAAUGGACGCUCAUCCUAGUCGUUACGCGGCCACUGUGCGAGUACAGCAGCACAGAUUGGAGAUCAUUCAAGAAUUAAGCUCUAUGGUUAGGGAGUUGUUGAUCAUGUUUUACAAGAGUACCGGUGGGUAUAAGCCUCACCGUAUCAUUUUAUACAGAGACGGUGUCUCCGAAGGACAAUUCCCACAUGUAUUGCAACACGAACUAACAGCAAUUCGUGAAGCUUGUAUUAAGUUAGAAGGUGAUUACAAGCCAGGUAUUACGUUCAUCAUCGUACAGAAGAGACAUCACACGAGGUUGUUCUGCGCUGAUAAGAAAGAACAGUCUGGAAAAUCUGGUAACAUUCCAGCAGGUACAACGGUCGAUGUAGGCAUUACACAUCCGACUGAAUUCGAUUUCUAUUUAUGCAGUCAUCAAGGUAUCCAGGGUACGAGUAGGCCUAGUCAUUAUCACGUUUUAUGGGACGAUAAUCAUUUCGAUUCGGAUGAACUGCAAUGCCUAACUUAUCAGCUUUGUCAUACGUACGUCAGAUGUACUAGAUCUGUAUCUAUUCCAGCUCCGGCGUACUACGCUCAUCUUGUCGCGUUCCGAGCUAGGUACCAUUUAGUAGAAAAGGAACACGACAGUGGCGAAGGAUCUCAUCAAUCCGGAUGCAGCGAAGAUCGUACCCCAGGAGCAAUGGCCCGAGCAAUCACCGUACACGCUGAUACCAAAAAAGUUAUGUAUUUUGCUUGAGGCAGUUUUUUUAUGGUGGAAAAAAAAGCUUUAGAAAUUUCACGAGGUCGUCAUCAUUUUGCUUUUAUUAUUUUCGUUUUUUAACUUUUUUUCAACUAACGCGCUAGAAAUUAUGCCGCGUUUUUUGUUAUUCGUUAGUUUGUUUUCUGACGAUGCAGGAAGUCCCGCGUAUGAUAGAUUUAUUCAUUACGUAUACUUUUUCGUAUGUUAAUAGUUAUAUUUUUAAAGUCGUCGAAAUGAAUAAUUUGAAAAAGUGGAAUUUGUAACUCGCCUGUUGAAAGGAUUAUUACAUGUUAACGUAUUGUUAUAAUAGUUAAGGAAUUAUUAGUUUUACGUUUUUACGAUUUUUCCCCAUUCUGUUUCCCAUUUUGAUUUUAUUAUUUUUAAACUAAGUUGAAUAGGACGCUUAAUACGUAUGCAUCGCGUAUAUAUAUUUAUGUAACUUUCAAGUGUGUACUAAACCACGUUUUCGGCGGCAACCGCAGAGAAUGGUUAUGGUUGGGACCAACAUUGGAGAGACUGGAGAUGAGCGAAGGCUGUCAUGUACACUAACUUUGAUUUGAUAUCUCCUUUGAUUGCUGCUACUAUUGUGUUCAUUAUUCAUGUUUUCAUCUGUUGACUUUGGCGAUUCUCUUUUAAUUCUCAUUUUUAUGAGAAGGCGAUAAUUAGUUUGUUUGCGUAAGUUUGAAAUUCGAAUCUGUUCGAAUGUUUCUAGAUUGUUUUCUUCUCUGCUAGAAGUAGAAUGAACGAUCCCUUAGUUUUCGAUGUACAUUGUAUGUUGGAUAUCGAUUACGAUUCUUCAGCGCAAUCGCUCUCAUUGUGUACAGUUUUUUUCGUUCUGUCUCACAUCUGAGAUUUUUCCAGACUUCUGAAAAGUAAACGUAUGCGGUUUUCAGUAACAUACUUCAUCUUCCAGUCUCUGCACCGAGUGUACGAUGGGUGUUGUUCUUCACGCGUAUGGUUACUCUCGAGUUACUGCCAUUUUGUUUGUAUUACUUUUUUUUCAUAUUUUCUACGUUAAAAAGAGCAAAUAUCAGAUACGUGUGUGCCAUUUCGUACAAUUUAGCAAUUUUUUCGUAACGAAUGAAAAAUUCUGGACAGCUUACGAGUUUGGGAGGGAACUGAAAGAUACCUGGUGAUUUAAUUGUUGGGGUUUUCUUCGUAAGCCUACUUUGUUAAUUGUUGAAUGUUGUUUGACAAAUCGUGAUGAUCGGUGUAGUAAUUUUCGAGUAAGCGGUGCCUUUGUUCUUGUUAUUUGUUUAGACGAUGUUUGAAUUGGUGUUGGGAAAAGAGCUUAGUUUUAGACGAUUUAAACAAAAAUUAAUAAUUAUGAUUAGAAUUCGAUUCGUAAAUCAUUCGUACUGCCUUUUCAGUAUAGUAUUCACCUGUACACGAAAGUGUAUCGAAAUUGUUUCAGCACUUUUGACUGCCGUUUUAUUUACUUAAUCUGAGCAUUAAAAAUAGGUUUUUAAAUUGAUAUUUUUAUUGCCGAAUCUCAGGAUUGAUUUUCCACACAGCUCCGUGUUAUAUGCAUCAUAUUUAGUAACCCAGAGAUCGAAUCAUAGUUACCAGUUUGUUUGUUGAUCCGUACCGAAUCGUUGAGAUGAAUUCUUGACAUUUUGUGAGUGACGUGUACUGUGUACCUCCUUAAUUUUUUUCCAACGACAACGUCGAUAAUCAUUUUUAAAAAGUCGGAUUAUCGACGCGUUUAUGUGUAGAUUUUCACGAUUGUCGUAUCUUGAUAGGCGCCAAAAACACGGGAUUUAUAUUUUUAAGUUACGCUUAAGCUUUAAUUUUUCUUCUUUUCUACGUCCAUUUUUCUGUUGUGCAAUUUAUCCAAACGGUUUUAUUUUAACGUACAUAUUUCUGUACAGCGAAUGUCAUUUUGAACAUAAGAUGACAAAAAAAAGGCCAGGGAUUAAUAUUAAACGAGGACCUUGAAUCAAAGAACAUGUUUGAAUUCUUCCAUUUGUAUAUAAUUUUGUAUAUCGGUUACCCUUAAUGACGAUUUUCAUUUGAAGUCGACUUUACCUAGUUGAAGUCUUCAACAUUAACGAGUUAAAGUCGCCUUCAACUGACACUAUUUAGUUAAAGUGGUAUUCGCUCUGCAGUUCAUUGAUUAUCUAUGAGAUAUCAGCGAUAAAUGAGCAGCUUAUCGCUAAGGGAGCAUUAGGAAAUCAGUUUAAAUCUCAAAUGGUCAGUCUCAGUAUUAUUCUAGCACUACCUAUAUGAAGUGUGAAUAUUGAAGACUUUAAAUGAAAAAUCGACAUUAACGGUAACUUAUCUGACGAGAUUAAUUGCCCUGAAAUUAGAUUAUAGUUUACAAAUUAGGUUAGGAUUUUCAUUCGAUAUAUUUCGAGGUUUCGAAAAACGAAGAAAAGUACAAUCAUACAUUUAAAUGUGACAUCUAGUCCAUAAUUAAAAACAGCAUCUCUCUAAUUUUAAUUCUUUGUGAAUGCAAUGCAGUUGAGCACAGCAUUAACACGAUAUGAAACUAUUCUACCUAUUAAUUAACAAUAAAAAAACAAGUAUGUAUUUAAGUCAAUUAUAUCUACCUAUUUAAUGUUUUUGUACAUAUAUAUGGAUUUUUAUAUCAUUCCUUCCUAAUUUGUAAUUUGUCAUCGGCCUCAAGGAUGUGUGUAUUAUACAUUCUGAUUUUUUUCUUUUUGCAACAAACGAAUUUUCUUAUCAUGUUUGAUUUUUUUUUCUUCUUUAGUACUUAAGAGAUGAUAAAUUUGACAUUUCAUUUUGUUACGUAAUUAAGGUGUUAAUUAUUGGUGUUGUCAUUAGUAUUAAUUUUUAAAUGUAUGAUCCAAAUUACUUUAUUAUAAUUACCUUACGCGCGCCAAAAAGUGAAUUAUUUUUAAGAGUUUAUAGGUAUCACCAUUUUGAGUAAUGGCAGUAUUAACAAUAUUCUCUAUUUUGUGCGUACCUCCGUUCUCUACUUUAUAUUCUCAAAUUACUACCUAAACGCUUGUUCGUUCUUAGGCAGUCGCCUAGCUUUGGUAUAAUUUUUUUCUUUUUUAAUGAUAAAAGCGUUUCCGUUCGUUGUGUUUUCCUCUCUCGCUAAGUGUAUUUUUUUGUGUAGAUUAAUAAUAUUGGGUUUUCAACGAAACCAUGAUUUUUGUGUUUAAAAGUUUUUUUUAUCGCCGAAUUUUUUUUCCUUUUGUGUAUAGCAUAUGUUUAAAAAAUUUUGUUUUAUUGUAAAUAAACUAUACAGCGUU